AUGUGUCCGAAUAUAUCCCUUAGCCGUUCCCAGGCCCAGCUGAAGGAACUCAAGAAAGCACGUCCCCUGUCCGCCAUGGAGCUACUGCAGAGAACACUGCCACGGGAACUUUCACCCCCGCUGACGGUGGACAGCGAUGACAAUCACAAUGGGGUGAUUAUGGUUAUCACCUCUUUUGCACUUUUUAUGGUGCUUGGGUCAUUGGGCAUCCGGGUAUACUCGGCCUACUGCCGAAGAGCCCGACAGAUGGACUGGGCUUUUGCAUUCACUGUGGUGUUUGCUUUGACUCAAAUUUCCGUCGUCUUUGCCCAAAUUCAUUUUGGAUGGGGCAAAAAGGCAUCGCUCAUUGCAACAGGACACCGGAGUCACAUGGACAAAGCUGUGUAUAGCGCAGAUAUUCUCUAUGUUGCGACUCUCGCGUUGUCCAAAGUCUCUACCUCGUUGUUUUAUCGGACUAUCACAACCCGGAGCUCCCAAUGGAUAAUCCACGGGAUACUUGGGACCGUGGGUCUGUGGGCGCUGAUCGCGAUUAUCAUGCUCGCUAUCCGCUGUAGCUCUCAUCCGUGGCAGGAUAUCAACCAGGAGUGCCCGACUCUGUUCCCCCGGUGGCAGGCAACCGCAGCGCUAGACAUAAUUCUGGACGCAGUUCUGGUAUUGUAUCCUAUGAAAGUGGUCCCUUACCUCCAAACAACUCUCAACAAGAAGGCGACUGUUCUGUUGGUUCUAAGCUGCCGUGUCCUACUCAUCCCAAUUGCUGCUGUUCAUCUCCAUUAUAUCCAUCGGCAAAUCAAUUCGCCGGACCCGACCUUCGUAGGGAGUUUUGCAACGAUCACUUCGGAGCUCCAUGUGGCACUUGGUGUAGUGGUUCUGAUUGCGCCUCUGAUGAAGCCAUUUAUUGCAGCUUAUAUCGAUGAGAAUGGCUUUGCCUACACAGACUAUGCAUCGAAAUCGAAAAGUCCCAGCAGCUCCCGUUCUCGCACUCACAAAAUCAUGCCAUCGUUGAGAUCUUCUGGGCCACGUCCAUGCUCAAGCGACCUUCCAGGCGGAAAUCAUAUAUUGAAAAGUGUUCAAAUAUCAGUGGAUCUCGAAACCGUGGAACUCUCCGGGCAUAAUGGGACAUUUCCAGAGUGCCAACCACAAACAGCACGAUGA